AUGGAUUUGGCGGAGCAAUUUGUAUUGAAGGAUGUGGUUCGAGAGACAAAAGUGGGUUGGAAGAUUGAUGAGUUAACGUUUGAUAUAUUGUCGGCGAAUGAUAUUGUGAAGUAUUCCGCGGUUCGUGUGACGCAUCCGGGAUUCUAUCAGCAGUCAACAACAGGUACUAUGAAGCCUUUACCAUUUGGUCCCAUGGAUUUACAUAUGGGUGCUAAUCGGGCGGAUCGAGAUAAAAAUGUUGGUCGUUGUCAGACUUGUAAUGGCGGUUGGGAUGAGUGUGUGGGUCAUUGGGGGUAUGUGAAGUUGCCGUUUCCUAUAUUCCAUCCGGGUUUCUUCAAGCACGCAUUAUUGAUAUUGUAUUGCGUGUGUAAGAAUUGUAGUAAGUUAUUAGUCAUUGGAGAAGAGAAAGAAAUGUUUCGACGGCGGAUGAGGCGUAAUGCAAGCGACAAUAUAAAUAAGAUGAGGGUCUUCAAGGCGUUGGUUGAAGCGAGCAAGAAGGUGGAUCGAUGUUGUUACUGUGACGGUAAUCAAGGUAUGUUGCGUCGAAUUAAUCAGGGUACUGCGGACAAAUUUAUGAAGUUACAGCAUGAAAUUAAGGUGAAGGAGGCUGAUGGGAAGAUAUCGAAGAUAAUUGAGGAUCUCGAUGCCUCUUCAGUGUAUCGAAUUUUCUCUAAAAUUCCAUUAAUUGAUCGUGAGGUUUUAUUCGUGUCGAAGCCAGAAAAUUUGCUCAUCACCGUAUUCCCAGUUCCACCGUCAUCGAUCCGACCGUCCAUCACACUGGGUGAUGCGGGUACAAAUGAGGAUGACCUGACAGCGACGGUAAAAGAUAUUGUUCAAUUAUCGAACCAGAUCGAGGAAGCGGCAGAGUCAGGAUUUCAAUUGCCGGGAGUUGUUUCUCAGAUGGAGGCAUUGCAGCUGAAUGCGGUGCGAUUCAUAAAUACUGAUUAUCCUCAAUUGGAAGCGGCAUUAAACUCUCUCAACGGUUUUGGUGGUAGUGGUGGUGGUGGUAGUGCGAAAGUAGGUCGUGGUGUGGCUCAGCGUUUAAAAGGAAAAGAAGGUAGAUUCAGGUGUAAUUUGUCUGGUAAGCGUGUGGACUUUAGUGGACGUACUGUCAUUUCUCCGGACCCGAAUUGUCCAAUUCCGUGUGUGGUAGUACCACAAUGGAGUGCUAUGCGUCUAACAUUCCCUGAACGUGUAGCACCUUACAAUCUUGACAGAUUACGUUCCUGUGUAUUACGUGGUCCUGAUGAGUGGCCGGGAGCAUUAUCAAUUACACGUAAGGGUGAGGAUUUCCGUACGUCAUUGAAAUUUGUAAAUCGACGACAGGUAGCAGCUUCAUUACAAUUUGGAGACUUAGUUGAACGACAUCUAUGGGAAGAUGAUAUGGUGCUAUUUAAUAGACAACCAUCACUACAUCGAAUGAGUAUUAUGGCACAUCGCGCACGUGUUAUGCCCUGGAGAACACUUCGUUUUAAUGAGUGUGUGUGCUCACCUUACAAUGCUGAUUUUGAUGGUGAUGAAAUGAAUUGUCAUCUACCACAAACACUUGAAGCUAAAGCUGAAGCAUUACAUCUGAUGGGUGUUACCAACAAUCUAACUACACCCAAGAAUGGGGAACCACUCAUCGCAGCUACUCAAGAUUUCUUAUCAGGUUCUUGGAUGAUUACACAUAAAGAUGUAUUCUUACCGCGAGAUAAAUUUACCUUAUAUUGUGGAUAUUUUAGCGAUGGUUUACUUCAUAUCGAUAUGCCACCACCUUGUAUUCUUAAGCCUAUGGAAUUGUGGAGUGGUAAGCAACUUUAUAAUUUAUUAUUACGACCAAAUCGUAAGGCAAAAGUCGUGGUUAAUUUUGAGCUUAAGGAGCGUGAUUUCGAGAAACCCAAAAAUGGUCGUGAACAAGAGUUUAUUACACCCGCUUUCAUGUGCAGACAUGAUGGUUAUGUCAUUAUUCAACACUCUGAAAUUAUGUGUGGUGCGCUUGGUAAAAAAGUUCUAGGUGGUGGCUCUAAGGAAGGUCUGUUCUUUCAUCUUAUUCGAGAUAAUACUGCCGCCGUUGCCGCGGAAAUAAUGGGUCGGGUUGCGAAGUUAACAGGCCGGUGGUUCGCCAAUCGUGGUAUGACCAUUGGCAUAGAUGACGUAACCCCGACCGCGGUGAUCACCCAAUUGAAAGAGGAAAUGUUAAAGGAUGGUUUUGGAAGAGUAGAUGCCUUAGUUGAGGCACAUAGAACCGGUCGUAUGUUACCUGAUUCCGGUUGUACACUAGAACAAACACUUGAAAAUCGCUCCAAGGCAGUAUUAGAUGAUCUACGUACUAAAGGAGGGGAAUUAUCCGUUGCCAAAUUACAACCACUGAAUAAACCAUUAGUCAUGUUCCUAUCAGGUGCCAAAGGUGCACUUAUUAAUAUGGCACAAAUGAUUUGCUUAGUAGGUCAACAGAAUGUGAAUGGUAAGCGAAUCUGGGAUGGCUUCGUAAAACGAACUUUACCUCACUAUGCCCCCAAACAGGUACGCUCACCCAAGGCUAAGGGCUUUGUUGCAAACAGCUUCUAUACUGGUCUUAGUCCUGAUGAGUUUUUCUUCCAUACCAUGUCAGGUAGAGAAGGACUUGUAGACACAGCCGUAAAAACCGCAGAUACAGGCUACAUGCAACGCCGUCUAGUUAAGGCACUCGAAGAUCUCAGCGUCAAGUACGAUCGUACCGUACGCACUUCCGACGGACAGGUCGUCCAGUUUGUUUACGGAGAUGACGGAUUGAACCCACAACUCAUGGAAAAAAAAACCGAUCUCGUCGACCUGACCGCCGCCUUCUUACAUGUUCGGACACUAAAACGCCUGAAACCCGAUCUACUUAAUGCCCUCAGCCAACAGGAACUACGCAACCGACGACUAGAUCCCAACCGACGACCAGAUCCCAACCACCCACGCCAGGGUUUGAAUACACGUCCUCAUGUUAACGACCCACAAUUGGUGGCUCAUUCAAGUCACGACCUGAAUCCCUGUGCCGGAGCAAAGCACGGGCUGCACGACCAAAUGCUGACAAGCGCAGCGGACGCAGUCAAACCGGCCUCACCAGACGCAAUUCUGCCGCCCGUCUCAGAUGUACCGUUAAUGCGGCGUGUGCAGCAAUACCUCGCGGCGCGUCCCGCGGCCGAGGACUUGAGCGAGUUACCCCGACACUUGAGGCAAAAAGUCGCGCUGGCCCGACAAAUUGCACGUUCUCUCGGCGGCGAUGGGGUAGACUCGACGGCGGUUUUCGCCCCCGACGAGCGACAGCCGGAAUGGGCAAGGAGGGAGCAGCGUGCACUCGCGCAAAUACGAAAUCACUUAGUCGUGUGGAUGUGUGUGAUUAAGGAGUUACCGGCCGCCAAACGCCUGGCGCCACUCUUGCCAUACGAGUUUCUACAGUGGAUGCAAUGGCUACUACCGCGCACUCGCGAAAUCGAACCCAGCACGGUUACUGUGGGCGAAAAUGCCGCCCGCUCAGAGGCACCGACACAUCAGCCCAAGACCGCACGUCUUCGCGUGUUCGGCGAAGAGGUGAUGCGCUGGUGUCAACAACAGGCUCAGCAAUUGGCGACCGAUCGUGAAAACAAUCAGGAGGUACCGGCACUCGAUCAGGCGGAGUACGAAGCAGUGGUCAAUGUCUACCGCGAAGACUGCGCGGUUGACCGGCUUCGACUCCGCAGCUACUUCGCCUCCAACCCUAUCCCAGUCGCCGUAGCUGAGCCAGUCGACGUAGCCGAUGCAGUCGGCGUGGCGGAAAUUCAUCCGCUCCAACGUCGUUUGUGGUAUUAUCGACACGCGAAGAAAAUGCAUCAGGAUUAUCAACAACGACGCGCCGUAGGAGAGGUGGCUAUUACCACGGGAGGAGAGGUGGCUAUUACCACGGGAGGAGAGGUCGUCGGGACUGGGUUGAGAAGUAUGUUCUUGGUGGAUGAUGAAAAGGAGGGGAGCGCGGAGACGGCGUUGGCGGGCAGGUUUGAUGGAACGAUAGUGAAGGAGCGUUGGAAAGUAUCUCGUUGGGUGACAUUGGAGAAUGUGUAUGAUUUAUGUGUGUUGCUGUGGCAGAAAUACAACCGAGCAUUGAUUGAGCCAGGUGAGGCGGUAGGAGCGAUUGGUGCUCAAUCGAUAGGUGAGCCGGGUACUCAGAUGACGUUGAAGACAUUUCAUUUUGCGGGUGUGGCUAGUAUGAAUGUUACGUUGGGUGUGCCGCGUAUUAAGGAGAUUAUUAAUGCAGCAUCGAAGAUUGGUACGCCUAUUCUGACAGUGCCAUUAGCGUUGAAUAAGAAUUCGUUUUCAUUCGCGCAAAUGGUUAAGGGGCAGUUACAAUGUGUUUCUCUGGGUCAGGUAUGUCGGUAUGUAAAGCAAGUGUUGUCACCUGAGGGAGCUUGGGUAGUUGUUCGUUUAAGUAAAGAUGCUAUUCAGAAUAACUUUUUGGAGGUGGAUGCAGAACGUGUGUGUGCUAAGAUAUUGGAACAGGGUACGGUAGGUAAGUUGAAGAUGCGUGAAGGAUUAAUUGAAAUAGUGCACAAGUACAAACUCAUUGUCAAACCACCAGGAACACGAGAGGGCGUUAAUGGGCUUAGUUUCCAGUUAACAGCACUCAUGGAUAGUCUGCCCCAUGUGUCUGUAUGUGGAAUGAAGACAGUCCGGAGGUGUAUCGUUCAAACCAAGUCUAAGGGAAAUGGUGAGAAGGGAAAUGGUGAGAAGGGAAAUGGUGAGGAAGAGUUGAAUGAAUAUUCACUAGCUGUUGAGGGGGAAGGACUGCGCCAGAUCAUGGGUGUAGAAGGUGUCGAUGGCAACCGAGUCGGGUGCAAUAGUAUCAUGGAAGUCAAGGACGUCCUCGGUAUUGAAGCCGCACGACAAGUGAUCAUUUCGGAGAUCAAAGGCUGCAUGGACGCCUACAGCAUGGACAUAGAUAUACGGCACAUGCUCCUUCUCGGAGACGUCAUGACCUUCCGAGGAGAGGUACUCGGCAUCUCGCGACAUGGUAUCCAAAAAAUGCGCGCCAGCGUCCUUUGUCUCGCCUCCUUCGAAGAAACAAAUGAACACUUAUUCGAAGCCGCCGUACACCGUAAAUCGGAACAUGUCAAGGGGGUUAGUGAAGCCAUCAUUCUCGGCAGUCGAGUGGCCGUUGGGACGGGCGCCUUUGACGUACUUCAGAAACCACCAGGCGUCUACAAUAAACCACAACGAAAAACCUUCCUCCUUGCUAGAAUUCAAAAGAGACUCGAACAUCAGACCAUGAUGGCCAUCGAGCCAGAACAGGAGGGCGCAGAUGCUGGGGGUACCCCUCUGGCUCUUCCGGACUAUAUGACUGCCACUGACGCGACACAACCAAACGAACCAGAGGUCAUGGCCCACUCAGCUGCUCUCACCGAAACACUACCCAUUGGUCAACCGCUGACCAGUGGCGCUCAGACACGCGAACCGCCCGCCAAGCGUUCGAGGAAGUGA